AUGAGAAGAAACUUCACUUCAGUGACUGAGUUCAUUCUCCUGGGACUGACCAGUCGCCUGGAAUUGCAGAUUCUCUUCUUUGUGCUGUUUCUGGCCAUUUACGUGACCACGGUGGCAGGGAAUCUUGGCAUGAGUGUCCUCAUCUGGGUCCAUGCACGGCUCCACACGCCCAUGUACUUUUUCCUGAGCCACUUGUCCGUCAUGGAUCUGUGCUUCUCUUCCAACGUGACUCCAAAGUUGCUGGAGAUUUUCUUAUCAGAGAGGAAAACCAUCUCCUAUUCUGCUUGUCUGCUGCAGUGUUACUUCUUUAUUGCCCUGGUCCCUGUGGAGAUCUACAUCCUGGCUGUGAUGGCCUUGGAUCGGUACAUGGCCAUCUGCAACCCUCUGCUUUAUGGCAGCAAAAGGUCCGGGAGCGUGUGCACCUCCCUCAUCACAGUGCCUUAUGUGUAUGGGGCACUCACUGGCCUGAUGGAGACCAUGUGGACCUACAGCCUCGUCUUCUGUGGCCCCAGUGAAGUUAAUCACUUCUACUGUGCUGACCCGCCACUGAUUAAGCUGGCUUGUUCCGACACCUACAACAAAGAGUUGUCCAUGUUUGUUGUGGCUGGGUUUAACUUCACCUACUCUCUCCUUAUCAUCCUCAUAUCCUAUAGCUACAUAUUCCCCGCUAUCCUGAGGAUUUGUUCAGAAGGAAGGCGCAAAGCUUUCACUACCUGUAGCUCUGAUCUGACAGCUGUCACCAUAUUCUAUGCAACUCUUUUCUUCAUGUACCUCAGACCGCCCUCAAAGGAAUCCGUGGCACAGGGGAAAAUGUUGGCCGUGUUUUAUACCACUGUGAUCCCCAUGUUGAAUCCCAUGAUCUACAGUCUUAGGAACAAGGAUUUAAUUCAUUUGCACAGAGUUGUCAUAAAAAAUGAGAUGCUCAAAGUGACCAAAGCAAGCUGUUUACAUACCAUUUUUAGACAAGUCACCAUUAUUUGUGAAGAUUUAACAAGACCAAGGCGCUUGUGCUGGGGUACUGAAAUAAUCAACCAAUGCCUCACGUAUGACAAAGACAUGUUCAGAAGAAACUACACUGAAGUGACAGAAUUUCUUCUCUUGGGUCUGACAAGCCUUUGCGAGUCUUUCUUUGUCUUGUUCCUUGCAGUUUACAUAGUCAUUGUGAUAGGAAACCUGGGCGUGAUUGUCUUAAUCAGAACUGAUGCUCGACUUCACAUGCCCGUGUACGUUUUCCUCUCAAGUUUGUCUGUUUUAGAUCUGUGUUUCUCCACAAAUGUCACUCCCAAAAUCUUACAGAAUUUCUUAUCAGAGAAGACGACUAUCUCAUAUGCAGGCUGUCUGGUGCGGUUCUGUAUUGUCAUGGCUGUGGUCCUUACAGAACACUGCAUGACGGCUGUCAUGGCAUACAACUGCUACGUGGCCAUCUGCAAUCCUCUGCUCUACAGAAACCCAAGAAUCAAGAAAGAGUUAGAAUCAGGUUACUUGGCUGGUCUGAAAAACACAUUACCCAAACCUCAAAUAUUAGAUCCAGAAACAUACGGGGGUCACAGGCUGAAUUACCAUGGGGUGAGAGAAGCAGCACCCAGUGGAGGGAUGUGCCCAAUAGUCUAA